AAAAAAAAAAGUAGCAGGCAGAGAGAAACAACUGAAAAAAUGGAUUAAAGAUUUAAUUUCACGAAUGCAUGAGUUCCGUUAAUAUAAAUCUAAAUUAUUUGUAUAAAAAAUGGAUAAGAGACCCAACAUGAUAACUAUUUAAAUACUUAAAGGACUAAAACUGGUAAGUAUAUAGUUAAGAGACCAAACAUGAUAAGUUUUUGAAUAGUUCAAGAACUAAAUCCGGUAAGUGUAUAGUUAAGAGAUCAUUUUAGACCUAUUUCGUGCCUUUUUAUGUCAUUUUCUCGUCAUCUGGAGCACUUCAUAAUAGGGUGAAAAACAUGGGAUGAUGCUACAUUUCACUAGAGAUACUCAAUGAAAAAGAAAUAUUGUUAUUCCGUAUUUACUAAUAGAUAGAAGUAAAUGAGCCUGUGAACGAGGCUAUCCUGAAUUUGUUAUUGACUUUUGGCUGCUAUGGAGGUGAAUGAGCUUGUAAAUAGAACAUUCACGAAGAUUCAUUUGAUUGACAAGAUACAGGUCUCAAUUAACAGUUAUAAUGAUACUGGGAGAAUCUUAACCAGGUAAGAUUGACAUAGAAAGCUUAUUGAAGAUGCCAAGUCAUAUUUAAGAUUCUUAUAGAUCACCUUGGCACUUAUGAUAUUCCUCCUGCUCAAGUCAUGCCGCGUCUCCUCCUUGGUUUGCUUUCAUGCUUUCAGAUUCAAUCAGUAGUACUGAUAUUUUACAGAUUCCUUCUGACUGUUACUAUUUCUAUAGCAAGACAAGGUCACCUGGCCAUCACAGCAAAGGCUACGAGUGAAAGUUCUGAAUCAUUAUCCUCCCCAAGUGUUGUUAAAUCAGUAAAGAAUAUUUGGGACAAACCUGAAGACCGGAUUGCUGUAAUUGGGUUAGGAAUUGCUGCUAUUGUUGGUUUGUGGGCUUCUUUGAAUUUUGUCACGGCAAUCGACCGCCUGCCUAUUGUUCCAAGUGUGUUUGAAUUCAUCGGGAUAUUGUUUUCUUCUUGGUUCAUAUACAGAUACCUCUUAUUCAAGCCCGACAGGCAAGAAUUGUUUCAAGCUAUCAAUAAAUCAAUAUCAGAUAUCUUGGGCCAGUGAUCUGAAAAUAAUAGGAUGAUACAAUUCAUGUUGUACUUCUGUAUCCAAGCAUUACCAAAAUGCUGAAUCAUUUUACAAAUGAAAUGAUAUUUGCAGAAAUGAGCAACCUUUUUUUUUUCA